GGCGGUUCACCUUAUUUUUUCUAGUUUCGAGCACUCGCCUCCUCUGACUUUGGUUUCUCUGGUUGCAAUGCCGUCCGAUGCUGCCAAGAAGAAGGCUGCUCAAAAGCGGAUAGCAGCCGCCACUAAACGGGUGCCAGGGGGCAAGAAAGAUGCUGACGCUCCUGCCGGCGAAGAGCUUUCAGUACCUGAAAAGAAUGACGGAGUGAGCUCUGAGACUCAUGACUCAGCACAGGGAAGUGCAUCUGCGGGGCUGUCUGGAGGAGGGAAAGUUGAGAAGGUUAGAGGUGGGGGAGGAAGCAAUGCCGCAGAGUGUAAUGUGACGCGCAUCGUGUUUCCAACGACUUUAAGCGCAAGGCAAAGGGCGCUUGUCCAUGAGGUGGCAGAGGAGGCGGGGUGGAACCACGCCAGCGCAGGCCCCACGGUAGACACGCGCAGACUCGCGCUCUGGCAGAAUGCAGAGGGCGACCACCUCGACGUCCCCGAAACAGGGCCUUCGUUCGACGAUGCCGACAUCGCUGACGUUCUUGAACGCGUUCUUAGGAUUUCAGUCCGGGACAAGUUUCUCGAUGGGGGUGGUGCUGGGAAGAAGAGCGGAGAGAAGGGGGCGUCGGCGAAAGGAGGGGUGACGUCAGCAGGGAGGGGUGUGACGUCAGCCGGAAGAGGGAUGAGAUCAGCGGGGACCGGAAUUGAAGCCACGGGGAAGACGGUGUCGUUGGAGGGGUUCGUGAGCGCUAUGAUGCCGUUGCUGGAGCUUGAGAAGGUGGCCGAAGUCGCAGCGUCCACCGAGACCAACACUACGCUCAAACCCGAGACCGCCCAAAAGCGCGGCCGCGCGCUUCUCAACCUCAAGUGCACUGACGCCCAGAGCGGUCUUCUCGGAAAAACGCUCCUGGUCCUCGAACCGAACCGGGGGGAUCUAUUUCCGCCCCAUAAGUUUACCCCCCACGACGUGGUUGCGCUAAAGUUGAACAAAGCAGAUGGGUCGGCGCCGGCACUGGGUCAGGGGGUGGUUUACCAGGUUAAGGAUAACGCGAUCACGGUCGCGUUUGAGGACGUUCCGGAAGACGGGCUGGAUUCGCCGCUGCGGAUCGAGAAGCUGACAAAUGAGGUGACGUUUCGUCGCCUGAAAGACACCCUGAUCGAGCUCAGCAAGGGCCCAAAGGGACCGGCCGUCGAUCUAGUUCCGGUUCUGUUCGGCGAGCGGGCGCCGCGCUUUGCUAAGAAGCCGCUCCCGUUCACGCCGAUCAACGUGAACCUUGACCACUCUCAGAGGGAGGCCGUUUCGCGCGCGCUCGGGGCGGAGGACUUUCUGCUGUUGCACGGGCCGCCGGGCACGGGGAAAACGACAGCCGUCAUCGAGUUGAUUUUGCAGGAAGUGAAGAAGGGCCGGAAGAUCCUGGCGUGCGCGGCUUCCAAUAUCGCGGUGGAUAACAUGGUGGAGCGGUUGGCAAAGCACAAGGUUAAGCUGGUGCGGUUAGGCCACCCCGCACGGUUGCUGCCCCAGGUUCUGGACAGCGCUUUGGACGCCCUCGUGAUGCGCACGGACAACAGCUCGCUCGCGAACGACGUCCGAAAGGAAAUGAAGCAGAUUGGGAACAAGCUGCUGAAAACCAAGGAUAGGCGCGAGAAAGGCGACCUCCGGCGCGAGCUCAAGAAGCUGGCCAAGGAGGAGAAGCAACGUCAGCAGCAGGCCGUGAAUGACGUCAUCAAGGACUCCACCGUCAUCCUGACGACGCUGACGGGCGCGCUGAGCUUCCAGCUCAAAGGAACGGACUUCGAUCUAGUUGUGCUGGACGAGGCGGCGCAGGCGCUUGAGUGCGCGUGCUGGAUCCCCAUUCUCAAGGGCCGGCGUUGCAUUCUCGCGGGCGACCACCUCCAGCUGCCGCCCACUGUGCAGAGCGCCGAGGCCGAGAAAAAGGGGUUAGGCACAACCCUUUUUGAGCGGUUAACUAGGCUGUACGGUGAUGACGUUACGGCGCUGCUAACGGUGCAGUACCGGAUGAACGAAGACGUCAUGCGGUGGUCGUCAGAGGAGCUUUACGGAGGAAAGAUCACGGCCCACGAGAGCGUUGCGUCGCACGGGCUCUGCGACGUGGAGGGAGUGACGUCAUCGCCAGCGACGGACCCGGUCCUCAUCAUGAUUGACACUGCGGGGUGCGACAUGGACGAGCUGAAAGAGGAGGAGGGCGGCAGUACGUCCAACGAGGGGGAGGCGCGUGUCGUCAUGGCCCACGUCAGCCAGCUGCUGGAGGCGGGGGUGGCGGCUGCUGACGUCGGCGUCAUCACUCCGUACAGCGCGCAGGUAGGAGUGCUCAAGCAGAUGCGAGGGGAGGACCGGAAACUGCGCGACUUGGAGAUAAGCACAGUAGACGGAUUCCAGGGGCGGGAGAAGGAGGCGAUUGUCAUCUCAAUGGUGCGGUCGAAUGACAAGGGCGAGGUCGGUUUUCUGGCGGACAGCCGGAGAAUGAACGUCGCAGUCACACGAGCCCGGCGGCAAUGCACAGUGAUCUGCGACAGCGAGACCGUCAGCAACGACCCCUUUCUAAAACGGAUGGUUAAGUACUUUGAGGAGAACGGAGAGUACUUGAGUGCUAUGGAGUACAAGUAACGAAUGGUCACUGUUUUCGGAGGAGAGAAGAGAGUACCUGAGCCUGUGUGCUCUGGAUGUACUAGCUUCUGCAAAGAAGACUGGCUUCAUUGGCGUCCAUCUACGUGUCUCCAGACAGCUCAGUGACGUUGGUGUUCGAAGGAGGUACGAUAUCAAGGAGUCCACCAAGGAGUUCAAUUGAUUGAAAGCGUUGCGCCCGCUCGGUACAGCCGCCGGAUGGUCGAUUUUGGGUCAAGUCUCUUCUUGAUGUGUCUCAAGGCAAAGGCGCUCCUGCGGCGGCCCAGCCAGAUUGCUUUGAAAAGGGACAAAGCUAAGUGUUAUCGAAGUGACCCGGAA